ACAAUGGCGGCCGGCAGGGUGGUGAGAAGAGCUCUCGGACUAGACGGGGUCUGGAUACCCCUCACGACUCCCUUCGCCAAGGAUGGAUCUAUCAGCUGGCGAGCUCUCGAGCACAAUCUCGCGCGCUACGAGCGCGUCCCGUUCGCAGGAUAUGUGGUGGCAGGAUCAAACGGAGAGGCCCCUUAUAUCAGCCCCGAAGAACGGAUACAGCUAGUGAAGGCGGUACGAAAGUCAACCAACAAACCUAUUAUAGGAGGAGCAACAGCUGAAUCGACGACAGCUGCAUGUCAACUUGCAAAAGGGAUGGCAAACGCAGGAGCUGAUGGCCUACUGGUUAUGGCACCAUUUUAUUUUAGAAAGCGGAUGACAAAUGAGGCACUUUCUUACCAUUUCAAGAAAGUGGCAGAAGAAACAGAGCUUCCUGUGGUAAUAUAUAACAUGCCAUUUGUAACUGGGAUUGAUAUAAGUACGCCAACUCUGGCUAAACUUGCAGAGCAUGAACUUAUACGAGGUGUCAAAGACAGCGAUAUUCGUAAAUGUGCCGCAACAGUUCAAGAAACAAGAUCACUAAAUUUUGAUGUUCUGAUUGGUUCAGCUGGCUACCUUCUUGGAGCUUUACUAGCUGGUUGUGCAGGAGGUAUUAAUGGACUUGCCGGCAUAAUGGGAGACGAAAUAUGUAAAAUAUAUAACUGUUUUAAAGCUGGCGACAUUCAUAAAGCUAAUGAAAUUCAGAAUAAAAUUGCAAAAGCAGAUAUUCUUUUCAUGGUAGAACAAGGCGUACCUGGAUUAAAGGCUGGAAUGGACAUGAUUGGGCUAGCUGGCGGUGACUGCAGAGUACCAAUUCUGCCUCUUAAUGAAUCAGAAAAGGAUAAGAUUCACCAAUUUCUUGACGACAUUGGUUUCCUUCCAGUGGAAACAUCUCAACAAAUGCAGAAUUGAAUAAUUCAAUGAACUAUUGAUCAUUUAUUUACUUUCAACCAUCAUUUUACAAUCAUUCAUUGUUCUAG